CCAUUUUCCACCGACCAUCCACAUUGCAUUGUCUAUAGUAAUUUUAGGUUACAUAAUUUCGGGCGGCCGCUGAAUUUUCUUCGCCCAAGUGCUCCAGAUUAUUCAAAAUGUUCGGGGCUGUAAGUAGGGUUGGAAGCGGCUUUUUAGCCGCUAAAACUGUUGCUGAGAAAACCCUCACAGAAUGUGGAAAGGUCGCCGCCGUAACCGCAAGCAACAAGAGGGAUUACGCAGCCAAAGCCGCAGGCAAAGGGCAAGGUAAGGUGGUUGCUGUUAUCGGUGCCGUCGUCGACGUACAGUUCGAGGACAACCUUCCACCUAUCCUAAAUGCCUUGGAGGUUCAGAACCGUUCCCCCAGGCUGGUCCUGGAAGUGGCGCAGCACUUGGGAGAGAACACCGUCCGAACCAUCGCCAUGGACGGUACCGAGGGUCUGGUGCGCGGCCAGCCCGUGCACGACUCCGGCUCGCCCAUCCGUAUCCCCGUGGGCGCAGAGACCCUCGGCCGCAUCAUCAACGUCAUCGGCGAGCCCAUCGACGAGCGCGGCCCCAUCCCCACCGACAAGACCGCCGCUAUCCACGCCGAGGCGCCCGAGUUCGUGGACAUGUCUGUCCAGCAGGAGAUCCUGGUCACUGGUAUCAAGGUCGUAGAUCUUUUGGCUCCCUACGCCAAGGGAGGAAAGAUUGGCCUCUUCGGUGGAGCUGGUGUGGGCAAGACCGUAUUGAUUAUGGAGCUCAUCAACAACGUAGCCAAGGCCCACGGUGGUUACUCUGUGUUUGCUGGAGUAGGAGAGCGCACCCGUGAGGGUAACGACUUGUACCACGAGAUGAUUGAGUCUGGGGUAAUCUCCCUGAAGGACAAGACCUCCAAGGUAGCUCUUGUGUACGGUCAGAUGAACGAGCCCCCGGGCGCGCGUGCCCGUGUCGCCCUGACUGGAUUGACCGUCGCCGAGUACUUCCGUGAUCAGGAAGGCCAGGACGUGCUACUCUUCAUUGACAACAUUUUCCGUUUCACCCAGGCUGGUUCUGAGGUGUCUGCCCUGCUGGGUCGUAUUCCAUCUGCUGUAGGUUACCAACCUACCUUGGCCACUGACAUGGGUACCAUGCAGGAGCGUAUUACCACCACAAAGAAAGGUUCCAUUACAUCUGUGCAGGCCAUCUACGUGCCAGCUGAUGACUUGACUGACCCUGCCCCUGCCACUACUUUCGCUCACUUGGACGCUACAACUGUACUGUCCCGUGCCAUUGCUGAGUUGGGUAUCUACCCAGCCGUCGACCCUCUCGACUCCACCUCGCGUAUCAUGGACCCCAACAUCAUUGGCGCCGAGCACUACAAUGUCGCACGUGGCGUUCAGAAGAUUCUGCAGGACUACAAGUCCCUCCAGGACAUCAUCGCUAUCCUGGGUAUGGACGAAUUGUCCGAGGAGGACAAGCUGACCGUAGCCCGUGCGCGCAAGAUCCAGAGAUUCCUGUCACAGCCUUUCCAGGUGGCCGAGGUGUUCACUGGACAUGCUGGCAAGUUGGUGCCUCUUGAGGAGACUAUCAAGGGCUUCUCCAAGAUUCUACAGGGCGAGUAUGAUCACCUACCUGAGGUUGCUUUCUACAUGGUUGGUCCUAUUGAGGAAGUUAUUGCUAAGGCUGAUACUCUCGCCAAGAAUGCGUAAUAAACGAACGAGGUGUUAUGUGAUGAUAUUUAUUAAUAAAAUAGUGGUAGUACAAGAAAGACGUCAAGCAUCAAGUGUGUGA